AGAAAGGAGGGGAAAGGGGGCGUGGCUUCAAUAGGCCCCUCCCACCGUCUUUUGGAAGCUCUCCUGGAGAAAAAAGUGGGGCCCAGCCAAACGUCUGCAGCCUGGGAACAAAAAGGUAAAAACUAAGGAUCCCUGUCUCUUCCAUCCCAGGGUGUUGGCCUUUGCUUCAUGACAUAACUGGAUGGAGAAGGGAAGAGGUUCUUCGGCCCAGAUGGAGCCCAGAGUGAAGAUGGAGGAGCCAAACCAGACCAGCCCUGAAGGAGGACCAGACCCCAGUGCAAUUUUGGGCAGGAGGAACAUGCAGUUCUGGAGGAGAGCACCAUCAGGGGCCUUGGAGGCAAAGAUUUCCAAUUCCAAAGCUCAGUACCAACUCUUCAGGCAGUUCAACUACAAGGAAACCUUAGGGCCCCGUGAGGUCUGCAGCCGCCUCCACUCUCUCUGCCGCCUGUGGCUGAAGCCAGAGCGACACUCCAAGGCGGAGAUGCUGGACCUGGUGCUCCUGGAGCAGUUCCUGGCCGUCCUUCCUGCGGAGAUGGAGCGCUGGGUGAGGGAAUGUGGGGCAGAGACCAGUUCCCAGGCCGUGGCUUUGGCUGAAGGAUUCCUCCUGAGUCGGGAACAAGAGGAGAAGCAGAAAGAGCUGCCAGGCAGUGAUCUUCUUCAGCUUCAGGACGUCCAAUCAGACAAGAGUCAGAUGUUCUCUUCCAAGCGGAUCAAGUUGAAAGGCAACAGAAGGUUCACUCCACCAGAAGGUGGAUCUAUGCUGGAACGACGUGAUCGCUCAUCUCCUUGUGCUGCGGGAGAAACUGCAUCCGGACAACGGGAUCAGGUGACCUUUGAGGAUGUGUCUGUGCAUUUCAGUGACGAGGAGUGGGCUCUCCUGGAUGCGGAUCAACGGGCCCUGCACUGGGAGGUCAUGGAGGAGAAUUAUAAGAUGGUGGCUUCUCUUGGUGGGCAUGGACAGCGGAGUGAAAACGAGACAGCACCAUGUAAAACAGUGAGAUGUAAAGAGGAGGAAGAGGAGACCAUGAUCACGGAAGCAGAAAUAAAUAGAAGGAACCAAUGGCUUGCUGACACCUGGGAAAUCACAGUCCAAGAAAUCGCGGAUGAGAGCAGGGAGGUCGAGAAGGAAGAUGUCUCUCACCAGGAAUCUUCUCUGAACAGCGAUAAUACAGACCACACAGAGACAGGGGAACCUAAAUGCCACCAACUGGGAGAUAACUUUGAAUGCAAUAUACACCUCAUUAGGCACGAGAACGUGGGGCUUGGAAACAGCUUCCAUCACGGAGUAGAUUUCGGUAGCCACGAGAUAUCCCACAUAGAGGAAAUCCCCUAUGACCAAAUAUCCCACAUAGAGGAAUAUCCGUGGGAGUGCGGGGAAGGCUUUGUGGAAAAAUCCAGUCUGAUCGGGAAUGAGAUGAAUCCCAGGGGAGAGAAACCCCAUAAAUGCCUGGAGUGCGGGAAGAGCUACCGGUACCCGUUGGCUCUGUAUCGGCACCGGGAGGUCCACGCGAGAGGGAACUCGUACACGUGCAUGGAGUGCGGGAAGAGCUUCCACCAUAAGGGACACCUCAAUAGACACCGGAAAUCCCACCUGGGAGAGAAGCCCUAUAAGUGCCUGGAGUGCGGGAAGUGCUUUGCCGAAAAGAAGAGCCUCGUGGCGCACGAGAUGAACCACAGAGGAGAGAAGCCCUACAAAUGCCUGGAGUGCGGGAAGAGCUACAGCUACAAGUCGGUCCUCAAAAGCCACCAGGAGAGCCACACGGAACAGAAACCUUACACCUGCCCUGAAUGCGGGAAGAGCUUCAGCCAGAGAUCAGCCCUCAACCGGCACCAGAAUAUCCACACCUGGAGGGAGAAUAAGCAGAGACAGAAUUUUGUAAUUUGUACGUUCCCUCCCGUCUAAGUCUUAGAGUCAGUCCAGGAAAUAUCUAGAUACUCUUUCUGGCAUGCUUUAAGGAUAAAUAUGUAUCUGGCAGGUUAGUCCUUCACUCUGCAUCACCUGUUCUAGUUAUACUCCUUUCUGUAAACUUCAGCAUUUCUUGUCCUUGUGAUAUCAUUUUGUACUUUUUUUGCAUUUGUCAAAGUAGUUUCUCCCCCAUAAUCCCACCCUUUUAGUCUGUACAUUAAAUAGUCGGGAGGAAUUGUUAUCGUGUUAACCUGAAAAUAAUAAAAAAUGAGGAAAAAAACA